UGAACUAGUCUGGAACUUGGAAGGGACGCUGUUGUCGGCCCUUUUAAAAAGAGCAGCAGCGGCAAAGGCAAAGCGAACCCAAAAAGCUUGGGGGUUUCGUAGCUUCGUAGCGUUGCUUUCAUGGCGAGCUUCGUUUCUUUGAGCUUCUCCGUUCCACAGCUCACUCUCAAGGAAAUCCCACCAUGGAAAUUGGCUAAAGCUACGGUAGUUUCAAGGCGAGCUGGAACAGCUUUGAAGCUUGUGCUACCCUGUUAUUCAAAGAAAUCCAUAUCUAUGAAUUGGGAAAACUUUCGAUCUGUACGGUUAACUUCAAGACCUUUUUGGGGCAUAGUUUCUUCUAGUUCCCGGAAUAUGGUAUUAUUAACUGGCUACUGGGUAGGACCUGAUGUUGAUGACGGAUGGGGAUAUAUAGAAGCUUUUAUCGAUCGGAUUACUUAACAAUUCAGACUUUAAAUUUCAUUUCACGAUUUGUUUCUACUUACUAUGUCUGAUCUUAGUUGAAUCAUUGUAUGCAUUAGUCCAUAUCACUUGUUUUCA